AUAAAAUACCCGAAACUUGGUGUAACAGCUUUAGUUUAUUUCUUUCUACUUCAGCUACAGGUUCGAAUUAUUUUCCACAAUGAAGCUAAUCAUGUUCCUGUUAGUCUUCAUCGCCUUUGCGGCAAGUGCCCUGGCUCUGAAAAAUGAAAUCUGUGGCCUUCCGCACUCUCGAGAUGGUGAUGUUGAACGUAAUAUCGCCUGCGAGGCAUAUUUUCCCAGUUGGUCCUACGACUCUAGCAACAAGAAGUGUGUGAAAUUCAUCUACGGAGGAUGUGGUGGCAAUGCGAAUAGAUUUGGUACGAAGGAACGUUGUGAAGAAAUGUGCUUGGAAUGAAAUGUAUUUGGGACAUGGUCAA